CUUUGUGGCCUUCACUCACAUCCAGAUUUAAGGCCAUUUAAAGUCCACUAAUAUAGAUCUCAGCUAUAAUUCAAAUGUGUAUUGAUAAUCAUAAUCCAAGUCUUUUCAAGAGUUCAUUUUGUUGUUAGCAACUUAAAAUUUCAUGUGUGAAAAUGAACAAAAAGCAGCGAUAAGCAUCUGCUGCAGCCAGGUCGGAUAAGUCAUGUCAGGGAAAGUCCUCGUGGUGUUUGCACUGUUGGUGGCCCUGCUGGUAUCGUCUGCAGCCGGAGAGGCAAGAGAGGCUCGCCUCCUGCAGCAGCUGUUGGCUAAGAGAGGCUCUGCGGGCAGACAGGAGCCGGCGCCGCAGGCUCCCCCUGCACGGCCGGAGAGAAGGGCACACCUAUCAGAGGAUGAUAGGGAGAUUAUGACAAAACAAAUAAUGCAAGCAAUUUCAGAGAUGAACUCUGAGUGCAUGGCAGACCGGGACUACCAGGGCUGGCUGGACUUCGGACGCCGGGACGCAGAAUGAGACACAACAACGCCAACAGCUACCGACAGCUCAGACUCACCUGCUCUUUGUUCACAUUUUCUAUAAAGUCAAUGUUCUGCUUUCACUGCAACUUUAUAAAUAAAAUCAUU